AUGGAAGACAUGGCGUUGAAGGUCUACAAUGACUGGCAGGACCGUCUAGGAAGUGCACUAGACCGCACCGUGGUGCUUUUGACCGGGGAGCCAUCCACGGAUCUCAAGCUGCUCCAGCGUGGAAAGCUUAUCAUUGCAACUCCUGAAAGGUGGGACAAUGUUUCGCGACGAUGGAAACAACGAAAGAAUGUGCAAGCUGUCAAGCUUUUCGUUGUAGAUGAUCUGCAUAUGAUUGGAGGAACCAUAGGGGUAAGUACCAUAACCCCUUUAUAUAGGUAAAU